AUAAAAGAUCAUUGUUUACCGUGAGGUUCCACUUUUUGGAAUCACCAUCGUAAUAUGAUGAGCAAGCUUCAAGUUUUCCUGUUAUUCGUCUGUCUCUGUAUAGACUGGUCAUAUGCGGUAAAUCAUCAGCAAUGUGAGAUAAUACGUGCAGUUGACAGCGAUGAACUCUCUGUUUACCUCACGGGAUCACAGGUCCAAGCAGGAAGCAGAUCAGAAUUUUGGUACAGCUCAAUCAAUUUCCUACAAGACGUCAGCGGUCCUCUCCAGAUGACUUACAAAGUAGAAAAAUGGAAUGAUGCCUUAUUUGGAGGAGGAAGUUGGGGUUUUUAUACUGACGGUUCAGGUGACAUCUGCAGACAACCAGGAAAUGACGAACCUGGCUCUUGGGCAAAGUUUAUACGAGAUCUUUUGGGAGUCUCUAACUGCCCAAUCUCAGCGGGCGACAAAACACCAGAUAGUACUAUUCUCAGCACUAAUGUCUGCAGAAACAUGGUAUUCUACUAUGGAGUUGAUACUAGUAAAUAUAAGUACCGAGUAUUUCUCACUUUAAAUGAUGCCAGUGGCAGCGAAAUACUGAGCGGUCAAGUCGUGCUGCCCAUUCGUUAAAAACUGACAAUUGGUAGUCCCAAAAUUUUACGGCAAAACUCAACACCAGAUAAUGAGGACAUGAAUUAAUCAUAACGAUAAUUAAUUAACAAUUAUUCAUUUAAAGUCCCACUUGACUAUGUCGAACGAAAAUUUAUUUGGCAAAUUAUUUUGAGUUUCGACUAUAUGAAUAAAAUAAUUCCGUCUCAUCAUUGAA